UGUACCACCUAUUAUGUCAGAUCUUAAGUAGGUAUCUUUGUUUGAAAACGUAAUCAAAUAAUAAAAUACACAAUACAAUAGUAAACUCAAUAAACAUUUGUUUUAUAUCAUACUUUACAUAACACACCGGUUCAUACUCGCUCUUGCUGUGUUUUACAUUUGAGAGUUUAUCUCAGUUCAGUGCUCACGCGCUCGCGGGAGCACGUCAACAUGUUCGCCUUGAGACUCAUAUCGUGCGCUAAAAACUUUGUUAAAUCAGUGCCAAAUAUUUCGGGUAUCAAACAAAUUCACAUUAACAAAGUGCUUCACAGAAAUAAAUCUGAUGAAUUUAUUGAUCUAGUCAUUCGCGGCGAAUCUCUGCAGUUCCCCAACGUGUGGUUAAGAGAAAACUGCCAGUGUGAACAGUGCUACCAUAAAUCAGCCCAGAGUAGAAUACUCGAUUGGUCCAAAUUCGAUCUUAACGUAAAACCAAAAUAUGUCUCCAAGGACCAGAAUAGUCUUCAAGUAACGUGGGAGGAUGGACACUCAUCGCAAUAUAACUUAAACUGGUUAAAAUUCAGAGGGUUUACCCCCGAAAAUCAGAAGACUUACUCGGAAACCAUUUACAAGCCUAAGCAGAUAACGUGGCACACCGAGAAUUUCGACGAAAUAUUUUCCAAGCACGACUACAACGAGAUUCUAAGUUCAAACGAAGCUCUGUACAACUGGUUGUACAAGUUAUCUGUUUACGGAGUCGCAUUGAUCCAAAAUACGCCCGACUCCGACACAGCGAUAGACGCCGUUGUUAAUAAAAUUGGUUUUACUAAGAGGACUCACUACGGAGUGAAAUUCGUUGUGCGUCAAUUACCAAACACAAGUAACGUUGCCUAUUUGUCGAGUAAUCUGCAGAUGCACACGGACCUCCCCUACUAUGAAUAUUGUCCUGGGGCUAAUUUAUUACACUGUUUAGUUCAAACAGCUAGUCAAGGUGGAGAAAAUAUGCUUUCAGACUGUCACUAUACAGCUGAAUAUAUGAAGGUACAUCACCCAGACCAAUACAGUCUGCUGACCGACAUUGAGGUGGAGUGGAGGGACGUGGGGGUAGAAGACGGUAACGAGUUCUUCAAACUGCACCGGGCGCCCGUAAUUUGCUUAGAUCGUCACGGUGAAAUAACUAGAAUCAACUUUUCGAUUCCUCAACGAGGAAGUCAUUUCCCAAUGGCAAUCGAAUUGGUAAAACCGUGGUAUGAAGCCCAUAGCAUGUUUCUCGCUUUAAAUCAGAAGUUCGCAGCGAAAUUUAAGACGAAGGCUGGCGAUAUACUUACCUUCAAUAACAUAAGGCUGUUACAUGGCAGGAACGCAUACGAAGACAGUGAAAAUAAUGUGAGACAACUUAUAGGUGCGUAUGUGGACUGGGAUGAAAUAUAUUCAAGACUGAGAUGCUUGAAGAUCAAGUUAAAUAAUGAAGAUGGCAUCUGUUGACAUUUGUAAAAACAAAAAUACACCAACUAAACUAAUAAAUCCUGUAAACGGUUUUUAAUUGUAAGGUCUUAGAACGUUACUCAUUAUUAUUACUGUCCACAGCUGGCCACGGUUUUUUGCACCCUUGUAGUAUUGCUUCGAACCUAAGCGGUACUUAGGUAACCCUUAAAUGUAUGAGACUAUACUCUAGUUGCAAAAAGUAUACAAUCUUGAUGUCUAACAAUUUCUGUUUUAAAUAUUAGUUUAAAAAUUAGACAGCCACAUAAAACAAUGGAAAGUGGCAGUAAGAUUACCUGAACAAAUAUACUACUGAAAUAUA